AUGGGUCACUCAGGUGGCCCUAAUGUGACACCUCGGAUCGGAUCAAGCCACCCGCAUCGGCCUGAGGGGGUUACAGAAGAUGCAAGGAAAGGCCAAAACUUUAAAGCAAAACACAAUAUUCACUUAUUUUUUUUCAAGAAUUUUGUGUAUCUACCUAUAGUUGAUGGUUCUUGUAUUGGAAUAUUGUGUUUAAGUGAGUUUGAUGAUAAUGUUGCCCUUUGGAACCCAUCUACCAGAGAGUUUAAAAUCCUUCCUCAAUCCACAGUCCAGCGCCCUCCUGGACUAGAAUACACUAGUUGUGAUUGCCUUGGUUUUGGGUAUGAUUCUCAAACUGAUGACUUCAAAGUUGUAAUAUUUGUUGUUAAUUAUUUUUCAUGGGAAAAUGAAGAAGGUUUGAGCAUUUAUAGUCAUUCGAUCGAUCAAGUUGAGUUAUAUUCGCUUAAAAGCGAUUCAUGGAAGGAAAUUUCAUUUCCUGGUGUUGAUGCUUUUGCUUUUGCUUUGUUUAAUAAUUAUGUCAAUGGGUUUAUUUAUUGUCAGGCAGUUGGAAUUGAUCACCUUAUUCUUUCUUUUGAUAUGGUUAAUGAAAAGUUUUCAACUUCACCACUGCCUGAAUUUGGUGGGAGUUUAGAACAAUAUUAUUUGGAACUUUUAGAAUUUAAUGGAUUGCUUGGUGCUAUUUUUUACCCAAGGGAAGGAACUGACAAGUGUUUUGAUUUAUGGGUUGUGAAUGGGUCAUGGACUAAACAAUUCAGUGUUGAAUCUAUUCUUGGAGUUGAGAGACCUUUGGGGUUUUGGAAAAAUGGCGAGUUAUUUCUCGAGAGCUCGGAUCAAGAACUAGUUUUAUUUGAUCCCUCCAUACAAGAGUUGAUAAAUCUUGGUAUUCACGCUUAUCAGGAAACAAUGCGCAUUACUGCUUAUGUUGAGAGCUUGGUUCCAUUGAAUGGAAGAUCAGAGCAUGAGGAAUGUAUAAUACGACGACCAGCAGAGGAGAAUCAAAUUGAUGUUGAACACUAA